GAGCAAUUCUAAAUUAGUAUAAAAACUACUGCAUUAACUUGACUUUUUUCAUAGUUUUGCGUUUCCUUUACACUCCUAACUUUGGAAAAAAAGCAAUUGAAAGACAUCAAAAAGUCCAAUGAAUGAUUAACGGAGCGCCGUUCAGCGGUUUCAAAAGUAGGAUUUAAAUUUGGCGGGAUUAAUGACGUCUUUGAUUCUUUACUUACAAAUAAAACGUAAAAUUAAAAGUCAUUGCUUUGUCGGAAAAUCGAGAAUAAUAAUAUAAUAAGCCAACUAGUCGUGUGAACAGACAAUGGAGGAAAAUGAAAGAAAAAGAAAAGAAAGGAAAGAAAAGAGAAGAAAGAACAAGAGGUUGCUUGUACCAUGUGCUUGUACCAGUAUUGUAGGUCUUUGAGAUGCCAUUGAAUAUCAUGAAUGAUGAAUGUGUUACUAGAGACUGAUCGUUUGACACUAUGAAACCGUAGUUAUUCUGACGAUGACAGUCUUAAGACUGUUUUCUCUAUUAAUAGUUACAUGGAUUUUUUACCUUCGGUUGACCAGUGGACUGCCGACRUAUAAAUUAUCGCCAGCCUGGAAGGUAGAGAUUUCUAAACAAGCCUCMAAUUACGGUAAGGUUGAUAGAAGUAAAGUUUAUGACUAAAAUUGACAAAUAGUAUAAAUGUCGAGCGUCRAUUAWCACUAUUUCUCUGCCAUAGAAUAGACACAGUCACUGCGAAAAGCACUGGGCACAAGCAAUAAACAGCGUUUUGAUAUAGAAAACAGUUUAUCUUUUAAAAUUACCUGGUUAAAAWAUCGUAUUCAUCUUAAUUCUGAAAUUAUCAUGUCAAGUCUGUUAACUCUAUGRGRUCUGUAAACGAGGAAAAAAUGUUUUUUWCAAUUUUAGAUUAUUURAUCGAUUUGGUUACUCUAAUAACCCUAAGAUAACAAGUGUUACUAUCUUAACAGCUCAGCAUGUGGCAUUGCCAUUUUUGAUUAAACAAUUGGAUAAUCUCCACGUUCCCGGAAUGUCAGGCGAGGCCAAGACACCACUUGGUAAUGUAAAAUAUGAUUUAAAAAACAUCAAGAUUUCAGAUGUUGAUAUAAAGAAUGUUAAUAUCUCAGUGGAUUCAGAUCAAGGGAUCAGUAUGAAUGCCAACGAUGCUUCAUUUAUAGUAGGCGCUGAUUGGAAAUAUAYAGAGAAACCUUGGCCACAUAUAUCAGARGCUGGAUCCUGUAAGCUAUCGUUUGGUGAUCUUUCACUAGGCUUGUUAUUUAACAUUGAUAAAGGUAAAAAUAUAUCAAGCCCACCUACUAUGAGGGUGAAGGGUUGUAGUCUUGAAAUAGGAAAAUUCAAAAUAAAAUUCAGUGGUGGAGCAAGCUGGUUAUACAACUUAUUCUCCAGCACAAUAACACAAGACAUUAAAAGCAAACUUCAAAGUCAUAUUUGUACUUCUGUAAAAAAACUCAUAGAUGCCCAAGCAAAUAAGGUUUUAGCCUCAUUACCAGAAAUAGUCCAGACACUCAAGGAAAUAUAAUUAACUGGUCAUUGGUGCCAGGACACCAUGAAACAAUCCUAAUUAUAUAUUAAUAGUAAUGUUGUUUCAAUGUUAUGUGGUGUAUUAGUAAAUGAUUACAUSAGUAGAUGUAUUUUUACUGAACAAAUAACUUACAUGUAAAGCUAGUAUAUUUCAUAUUUACAUUAUUAUAUUUUUGUACAAAAACGUUUCAAUAAAAU